AUGAGCCCUAGUUCUCCUGCUACCCACCCACCGCUGGGCUCGACUGGCCCCUUACACCCCGCGAGAGGAUCCGUUAGCGGAGGUCGCCAGAUUACCCGGAACCGCGCGAGCUAUAGCUGCCACACCUGUCGGCGCCGCAAGGUCAAAUGUGAUAAGACCCAUCCGAUAUGCGGGAAUUGCGCGAAGAACAACACCGAGUGCAUAUAUGACGUUUCGCCACAAAAGGACGAGGAUGCACAUGAGGACUAUCCCCAGCCAACACAUGGCAUCAAGAGAAGGCGCAAGGCUCCGCGGUCGUUGGAAGAGGAUGUGGACGAACUCCACUCAAUAUACGGACACUUGAAGCAGACGCAGUAUGGCACUGGCGAGAAGCCCGACUCGAGCGCCAUUGAGUCGCGGUUGGAUAAACUGAUGUCCAUGAUUGAGCGUCUGGGUGAGAAAGAGCAGACUGUCGACGCUGUGGAGACAAAACAAACUACCCCGGAUACCAAAGUGGAGCCCCGGCAGUUAGAUGACCUUCGGCAAAAUAAUCAUCUGAAUGGAAGUGGAGCUGUGCAAAGAGCCGCAAGCCCACGUCGCUUCGCGAUAGACUCAAGUGGUGAUGAGUUCCCGAUUCCCUCUGGCCAGGCUACUGAUUUGGUGGAUCCGGUUGGCACUCUGAACAUCGGUCAUUUGAGCUUGGACGAUGGAGGGAGUUCUCGAUAUGUUGGAACCACUUACUGGGCCUACAUCUCGGAUGAGAUCAAUGAGCUGAACCAGCUGCUCCGUGAUCAAAGCCACUCACAUGAUCAGCCCGCGCUAGACAAACCUCUCGACGAACCAAUAGACCCAUUAACCAACGGUGCUCAGCCAUGGAAAGAUUCAUUCAACAGCCCGACACCCUCAACCAGAUCCAGAUCCCGUUCUUUCCACCAUUCAAUAGUAUUCCCCUCUGGUGAUUCGCCCGCGUCAAAUGAGAAGGAGGUGGAACCAGAGAUGCUUGAUCACAUUCCCACGAGGCGCCAGAGCCAUAUCUUGUAUAAGGGAUUCAUGUCCGGCGUACAUGCCAUCAGCCCUGUCCUCCAUCCACCAACUGUUCUCAAGUUGUAUAACUCCUUCUGGGAUUGGUUUGACUACAGCAGUUACUCAGGCGAGCCAUACCCAAAUCCUUCUUUCAUUCCAUUGUUAUACGCCAUCUGGUAUGGCGGUUCAGUCACCAUUUCGAUGCGCACCAUCAAAGCCGAGUUCAAUGCCUCCUCACGAUCCACAUUAUCGACAAUGUACAGCGAAGAGGUCACGCGGUGGCUUACCAAAAUAAAAUUCCCCCGGAGUCCAACCCCUCAAGGGCUCGCUGCAUAUCUAAUUGUACAGACAAUUUUGUCCAAGGAGGAGGAGCCCUUGACGAGCAGUCUUUUCGUCAGUUUGGCGAUGAGAGUCGCCCAGACUAUGGGCCUACAUCGAGAUCCGGCCAAGUUUGGUAUAGAGCCUUGUGAAGCCGAGUACAGACGCAGAUUGUGGUGGCAUAUCAAGCAUAUGGAUGGAGUGAUCGCCAUGUCCAGUGGCUUGCCUCCCAUGGUCCCCGACGAGACCUACUCGGAUGUGCAUGAGACCAGUGAACUCAAGGAUACAUUGCUGGGCACUCACGCGGCAGAGCUGUAUGAGCAGCAAGUGGCCUCUGGAAAUCGAUUGCCUGACAACCCAGAUGAUCCAAAUGUCUGUGGUGGGCCUUCCAUGGUCAACGUCUAUUACUUGACUGCCCGGGGAAAAUAUGUCAUGGCCUGCGCUGUUCGCCGCAUCUUGAAAAUUCAAUUGGGCACAAAACCUCUCACUCGACAGGACAUGGAGGAGCUUCGUGCUAUUCUCCUUGAACUGCAAUUAAAAAUUAAUUCUAUAAUCGACAGGAUACCAGACAGCAAAGCUGAUGCUGACCCGUGCUCUGCAGUCAGAAGAGCCAUGUCUAUGUCAAAGUCGCCCGUGGAUGGCCGCUCCUCCGACACCGAGCUUCCAGGAGAUGGCCCAUCCGGAUGUCCAGAGCAAUACCAUUCGCCUGUUCUUGUUUGUUUCCACAAAUGGGCCAAAAUCAUUCUAUCUUUGUACAUUGACAAGGCCUUCUGUGUUGCCUAUCAACCAUUCCUCAAAAAUGCCCGCAGUCGAAUUUGGCCUGCAGCACGUCAGAGCGCACUUCGACAUUGUCAUGGAUUCAUGAAGAAAUUCAUUCAACUGGCAACGGAUCCCGACUUCCAGCCUUUCCACUGGAGUUGGCCUGGCAAUCAUCAGCCAAUGCAUGCUACAAUGAUCAUGCUCAUCGAUCUAUACGAGCGACCUUACAGUCCCGAGGCAUCCAAAUCUCGUGCAUUGAUUGAUCGAAUCCUUGCUCUCUCCGGUCCUGACGGAGGUGUUGUAGGCGGCGAGGAUGGUAUCUCCACACAACGCCCGCUAAAGGACGGUGGUCGAGAGGCAUGGGACAUGAUUCGACGACUUCGCCAAAAAGCUUGGCAAAAGGCUGGCCUCAAUCCUCGCAUGCUCUGGACGGAGAAAGAUCAAAUAGAUGCCGGGCUUGCUUCUUUGACUGACCACCAUACCGAUGCUGAAUCUCGCCGUGACAUCGCAAACGACAGCAACCAGCCUUCAUUGUCUAAUCACCAACCUAACGACUUUAAUAAGAGAUUUUAUAACCUCACGCGCUCCCAUACAUUCCUGAAUCCCACCAAUCCACCUUCUGCGAGGAGUCCCCUUCGACACCAAUAUCACGCCCAGGACAAACAUCUACCGCCGGUCUUAUCAAAUCCACACCUUGACCCUCUUUCCGCCAAUCCCUCUAUCCCUCUCCUUGGCUUGGAUGCAUCGCCGUCCGAUUUGAGCGCCCUCGGUGUGCCACCACCUGGACAAUCUUCGACCUCUAUUCCCUUUACGUCAAAUUUACACCCGUCCCCGGCUCUGGGUGAUUCUGCCAGCAUUCCCUUCGUGGACACCGCUUCCCCCAACUCACUCGUCAUGAGUGCACCAACGCCGCCUAGCAUGGUCGAUUCUAAUCUCAACUUUGACUGGGAUCAAUGGGAUGCUGUAUUUGGACAUCACCUCCCUGUGUCCGACGACCUCAUGGAAUUGGAUCCUGUUGCUGGUCUUGAUUUCACAAAUAUUGCCGCUGGCCAGAUGAACAUCAAUGCUGUUGGACCAGGCGUGAACGGUGUUUUCCCAGAUGCUCCUUCAAGGUCCUCUCCAAGUGAUCUCAACCUUGGUCGCAAUACUGCCAAUUGGCCAGCGAACUAUUGA